GAGAAAGAGGACGGAGGAAAAAUCCCUCUUUCCGCCAUUAAAGAAUCUUCGAUCGUCUUCUGCAACUCCCUCUCUCUCUCUCUCUCUCUCUCUCUCUGGAGAAGAUGUCCGGACGCCAUGAGAAGGAGAAGGGCGUAAAUGUCCAGGUCCUCCUCCGUUGCAGGCCUUUCAGUGACGAUGAGUUGCGGAACAAUGCGCCACAGGUUGUAACCUGCAAUGAGUACCAGAGAGAGGUUGCAGUGUCUCAAAGCAUUGCUGGGAAGCAGAUUGAUAGGGUCUUUACCUUUGAUAAGGUGUUUGGGCCCUCUGCUCAGCAAAGGGAUUUAUAUGAUCAGGCUAUGGUUCCUAUUGUAAAUGAGGUGUUGGAAGGAUUUAACUGCACCAUUUUUGCCUAUGGUCAAACUGGCACAGGGAAAACAUACACCAUGGAAGGUGAAUGCAAAAAAUCAAAGGGUGGGACUAAGGGACAGUUGCCUCAAGAUGCUGGAGUCAUACCGAGGGCUGUUAAGCAGAUAUUUGAUACAUUGGAGAGUCAAAAUGCUGAAUAUAGUGUUAAAGUUACUUUCUUAGAGUUGUAUAAUGAAGAAAUUACUGACUUGCUUGCUCCUGAGGAAAUAUCAAAGGUUAUUUUGGAGGAGAAGCAAAGAAAGCCCCUACUUCUCAUGGAGGAUGGGAAAGGAGGAGUCCUUGUCAGAGGCCUUGAGGAGGAAAUUGUAACAAGUGCUGGUGAGAUUUUUACCCUACUAGAACGGGGUUCUGCGAAGCGCCGUACUGCAGAGACGUUAUUAAACAAACAAUCGAGCCGUUCACACUCUCUAUUUACCAUUACUAUGCACAUAAAAGAAGCCACUCCAGAAGGAGAGGAACUUAUCAAAUGUGGCAAGCUAAAUUUGGUUGAUCUGGCUGGGUCAGAAAAUAUUUCCCGUUCAGGUGCUAGGGAGGGGCGUGCAAGAGAAGCUGGGGAAAUUAAUAAGAGCUUACUUACUUUGGGGCGUGUUAUAACUGCUCUUGUGGAGCAUCUUGGACACAUUCCUUACAGGGACAGCAAACUCACACGUUUGUUGCGUGAUUCAUUGGGUGGGAGGACUAAGACAUGUAUAAUUGCUACUGUUUCACCAUCCGUUCACUGUCUUGAGGAGACUCUUAGUACAUUGGAUUAUGCCCACAGAGCAAAGAACAUAAAAAAUAGGCCCGAGGUUAACCAAAAAAUGAUGAAAUCAACUCUUAUCAAGGACCUUUAUGGCGAGAUUGAUCGGCUUAAAGCGGAGGUUUAUGCUACUCGUGAGAAAAAUGGAGUUUACAUACCAAAAGAGCGAUACUACCAAGAAGAGAGUGAAAGGAAGGCAAUGUCAGAUCAGAUCGAACAGAUGGGCAUUUUGCUGGAAACCCAUCAGAAGCAAAUUGAGGAAUUGCAAGAUAAAUAUGAUACUCAGCUCCAACAAUCGGCUGACUUGAGCAAUAAACUUGAGUCCACACAGCUGUGUUUGGAGCAAACAAACAACUUACUGGUUAUUGCCAAAGAAGAUCUUAAAAAAUCCAAGUAUGAAAUAAAGGAGAGGGAUUUUAUUAUAGCUGCACAGAGGAAAGCAGAAAACGAUUUGGCACAACAGGGUUGUGUCCUGCAGUCUAAAUUGGAGAAGUCAAUUCAGGAUAAUGCUUCAUUAUUUUUGAAAAUAGCAAGAGAAGAUAAAAUGAGUGCUGCAAACAGGUCUGUGGUGGAUAAUUUCCAAACAGAGUUUUCAAAGCAGAUUGGUGUUCUUUGUAGUACUUUUGUUGCAUCAAUGACUCGACAAAAUGAACACCUGCAGUGUGUUGAGAAUAUUUGCCGUUCUUGUCUGGAUUAUAAUGAGAAGUCUGUGCUGGAAUUGAAUAAGAAAGUUGCAGCUUCACGGGCCUCAUAUGUUUCGCACAUCGAAGCAUUACAAAAUGUUGUACGUUUGCAUAAGGCAAACAUUAAUGCGAGCCUAGAGGAGAUGUCAUCGUUGGCUUCUGAGAAUUCCAGUUCAUUUGAGCAAUUACUAGCUGCAGAGUCUAGAGAAGCAAACUUGAUAUUUGGCGAUCUUCAAGGUACCUUAGCCAAUCAUCAAGGAGAGAUGGCUCUUUUUGCUCGGGAGUUGCGUGAGAGAUUCCAUGUGAGUAUAGAGCAUACCUCGGAGAUGUCCAAGUUCAUUAUUGGACUUCUUGAAAAGCUCGGUGAAGAAUCUUGCAAGCUUCAAACUCAUGUGUGUCGGGCGCAUGAUUUUAACACAAGGAGCAUAGAUGAUUUUCAGAAGGCCUACAAGGAGCAAUCAAGGUCUGAGGCAGAGAAACUUGUAGCGGAUUUGACCAAUUUAGUCUCCAACCAUAUUCGUCGACAGGAAGAGCUGGUCGAUGUGCAACUUGUUGGACUGAGAGAUGCUGCUGUUGAGAAUAAGGCGUUUUUUGACGAGCAUGCAGCGACAAUGGAGGGAGUUACGAGUGAUGCUAAAAGAAAAUGGAAUACGUUUUCCAUGCAGGCAGAGAAUGAUGCCAAAGAUGGAGCUGAUUUCUCUGCAGCCAAACAUUGCCGUAUGGAGCUACUCCUUCAACAAUGUAUUACCAAUGCCGACGCUGCUUCUAGACACUCGAAGAAGACACAUGAAUCUGUAAAUAAGACAAGCAGUAAGCAUGUUGUGGCCAUGGAGACACUUGUAAGGGUUGCCACUGAGAGUAAUGAACAACAUGAUCUAGAGAUUGUUUCUGCGCGGGCUGCUGCAGAGCAGGAUGUGGCUGAGAACAGUGGUGCUAUCCUUCACCACUUUGAGAGUGUAUCAGAGCGUGAGCAGGAAUCGGUGUCUGGAAUUAUGGCAGUGGUUGAAGUGCACAUGGGCACGCUCCAGAAGCUUGCGGAGGAUCAUUGUGCCCAGGUGGCAGAGAUAGAACAUCAGGCACAGAACAGCUUCCAAGACAGAUACAUGGACUAUGAGCCGACCGGCAAUACACCAAUGAGGUGUGAGGUUGAUGUGCCAAGCAAGGCGACGAUUGAGUCGCUCAGGGCCAUGCCCAUGGAAUCCCUCGUUGAGGAAUUCCGGGAGAAUCAUCCCUAUGGAGGAUCAGCUGGCAAGGAACCAAAACCAUCCAUGAUACCACGCUCGCCUCUUGUCCAACUCAACUGACUGCAAUGGUGAUGACAACUAUGGUAGAUUCAUGUGAGCUCCUCCUUUCUGGUGACUAGGAAUUCUGUUUGUAAUUGCUUAUGUACUUCAUAUAUUUUUAUGUUGUUGGAAGGUGGAAUGUAAGAGAGGGUAUAAAGCUGAAUAUAGUCCAUUGGAAUAGCUUGGUCCCACCUCAGGAUACAGCAAAUCCCUUGGAUUAGCGGCUUCCUAUAUUGGAAGGAGGUUUUGUAGGCUCUUUCUUUGAUCCCUAUUUAGAUGGGAUAAGGUGGGAAAAAAAAGAAAGGAAAAAAGAAAACCUGUUAUGGAUGGUUUGUUCAAUGUUCUUGUUUUUUCUCAAAAUAACCUCCAUUCGUUGCACUCUGUAAGUAAGAACCGGCCUGUCUCUAUUUUGAAUUUGGUUGUGUUACUGGCUACUUGGUGAAAUACAACAUUUGUAUUGUUUUUGUUUUUUGUUUUUGAGGGGGCGGGAUUGUAUGAAUCUCAGUGCAAGUAUACUUACAAUAUACUUGGUGCAUUGGUGGGGGCCCAGUAAUCUAGACCAUCUUCUGUGUCCCACGAUAUAGAUUGUUCGAUGAUCUUCCCUGUGAAUAACCCAUAUUUAAACAUUCAGGCUGCCAA